AUGAAAGUUGCAAAGUUGCAGAUUCUGAAUUCCAUCAUUAUCAUGAAUCGUUUGUACUCUCUCCACCGUCAUCUGUUUAAUAGUCCUACUACUCGUCCAAUCUUGCUUAAUGCCCGUUUCUUUUUGGGAUCCGCUUCAUCUUUGGCUUGUCAUUCUAGUCAGUACAAGCAAACAAACUCAGGUUCUGGGUCUUGUCACCAGAAUGAAAAUUCGAAAAGCGACUCUGUGUCGGCACUACCUUCGCGAAGCACCGGCUCGAUGUUAAGCGCCCCUUUCUGGACAUGUUGCUCGACGUGGAGACGAGCUGAACUCAACACUCUCCGCUGCUUAGUAGGUUGUACGGUCGGCGAUUUCUCUGCGCUUUGGAUAUUGCAGUCUUAUUAUCCUGAGCUCGGGAUGAACACAACCAUGCUCGCUUCGAUGGCCUCGGGCAUUACAACUUCCAUUAUACUUGAGACGGCAUACCUUCGACGGGGUCCUGAUAAUCUGUCAUGGAAGAAAGCCGCUCAAACUGCCAUGGGUAUGAGUAUGGUCUCCAUGGUGGCCAUGGAGCUCGCAGAGAACACGGUCGACUACCACCUCACUGGGGGCGUUGUUGCUUUUGAGGAUCCCAAGUUUUGGAUGGCGGCUGUGUUAUCUAUCGGGGCGGGCUUCUUGGCCCCUUUGCCAUACAAUUAUGUCCGGCUGAGAAAGUAUGGAAAGGCAUGCCACUGA